GCGGGAAACAACGUUUUAAAUAGAUUCCGCUAGAGGGUAGGGCAAGCGGCCUCCAGGAACAUCUGCUUCAUUCAGCAUAAAUGUCUCAGUCGGCUCGUCUACGCGCUCCGAGAUGGUUGAUCUCGAGUACCCACCUCCUGACGGCGGCUCCCGGGCCUGGUUUGUAAUGCUAGGUUCAUUCUUUGUCAACGGUCUCAUAUUUGGUCUUAUGAAUUGCUACAGUGUAAUAUAUGAACGUCUACAGGAGGAGCUGAUGAUCGAUAACGUUCCUGGUGCUUCUUCUAAAGCAGCUCUUGUUGGAUCUUUGUCGAUCGGUACUACAUUCUUCUUAUCACCUAUAGCUGGUAUCCUUACAGACAGGAUUGGUGUUAGACUCACAACAUUUAUUGGCGGAUUAUUUGGUGCUUCGGGUCUCUUUCUUUCAUCAUUUGUUGUUCAUAAGGUAGAAGGACUAUAUUUGACAUAUGGUAUACUGUUUGGAAUAGGUGCUUCGUUGGCAUACACGCCAUCUCUUGUAAUCUUAGGACAUUACUUUGAACGCUACCUUGGCUUGGUAAAUGGUUUCGUGACAGCUGGAAGUUCCGUCUUCACUAUGAUCAUGCCAUUCUUCAUAUACUAUUUACUCACAACAUUUGGACUUUCCAACACCCUCAGAUGUUUGAGUGCACUAUUGGUUUGUCUGAUUGGGAUAGCUUUGCUCUUCAAACCAACAAAUCAGGCGAGUGUUCAGAAGAAACAGAUGAAAUCACUACUGAAUGCUGACAUAUGGAAGAACAAGAGAUACGUAGUCUGGGCAACAGUAAUACCUCUAGCGCUCUUUGGUUAUUUCGUACCUUAUGUUCAUAUGGUAAAGUUUGUGUCCAUUAAAUUUCCGAAGCACGAUGGAAAAAUUUUAGUUCUUUGUUUAGGAGUCACUUCAGGAUUUGGGCGUUUGAUGUUCGGAAGGCUUGCAGAUAAUCCAAGAUUUAAUAGGAUAUUGCUGCAGCAGGUUGCAUUUAUUAUCAUUGGAUCAUUUACUAUGCUGAUAGUGAUCACACCUACCUUUUUCCUUCUGGAAGGUAUUGCGUUAUUAAUGGGAAUUUUUGACGGUUGUUUUAUAUCACUUCUCGGUCCAAUAGCAUUUGAUUUAACUGGUCAAAGUGGAGCUGGACAAGCAAUUGGAUUUCUUCUUGGCUUUUGUUCUAUACCGCUUACUGUUGGACCUCCAAUCGCAGGAUGGUUGUAUGAUGAAUAUGGUUCCUAUGAUCUUCCUUUCCUGCUAGCUGGAGUUCCUCCUAUUGUUGGUGGUUUAGCUUUGUCUCUGAUCAGAUGCUUUCCAGCAGGUGAGGCUCAAGUUCCACUACUUACUAGUACUGCUAAUUACAGAAAAUAGUGAUUAUUAGCAGUUAUUGGAGUGAGGAACAUAAAGUUGUACUUUAAAUAGUGAAACAUGUUUAUAAAACGUUUUGAACUAUCUACAAAAGUAUAGUGUUUGAUCUCUUUUUGCUAGUAGUUGGAGAAAUUCUUACAGAAAGUAAUAUUUUUACAAAAUAUGCUUAUUCACCAUAUAUUAUAUAUUUCAUUUGUUUUUAAAAAUAGGUAAUUCUAAAAACAUGUUAUUUAAUAUUUUUAAAUCUGCAGUUACUGAAUUGUUCAUUUAUUUAUUACAAAUCUUCCAAACACUUCAAUAUUGGGCAAAUUAGUAAAAUAUUAAUGGAAUUAAAAGACUUUAUAUUGAUGAUCACCAAUUACUUCAUGAUAUUUAAUACUUUCCUUUUUUUAUGUUGUUUUUUUUAGCAAUUUUUAGCAUAAUUUAGUUAAAGGAUAUUUUAUUGUUGGCAAAAUAAUAUGUUAUAUUGAUAGAUCUUAUUAAAACUAUUUUUAAUAUAACUAUUUAUGUAUCUUCUUUAUAUCUGUUAAUUAAUUUAUUUUUUUAUAUUUAAGUAAUGAAGAAAUACAUAAAUAAUUACCAGAUAAUUUUCUAAUUAAGCAAUUGAGCCUAUUCCAAUUAAAUUUAUAUUUUUUAAAAUCUUGUUUUAUACUAAAGUAAAAUUUUAUAAAAAUAAAUAUGAAU